UUUGCAUUACAUCAAUUAGCACAGAUCAAUAAUUUGACCUCUGUCUGACCUUGACACCACAUUAAGAUUGACAUAAUCUAAAUUACUGUGUGAGGAAAUAUCUCUCCGGUUGAACACUUUCAGACUCGUACAUAAUGAAAAAAAGAAGACCAGAAGUCUUACUCGGUGCUUCUUAUGAACACAUUAUAAAUGUUUUCUUUCAUAAAUUCCUAAACUGAAUGCUGAAGACAAUGGAAUGAUGUUGCGACAAAUAUGUCAUAAGAUAUAUGUUUGGCUCUCGAUUCCCCACUUCUGCUAUGUGUUAUGUAUUUGGAGCCCUUUUGGCCUUUUCUUCAGAGUUUGUCACACCUUCAGUGGGAGCUUCACCAUUGGUCCGAGUCCAGAGUCCUUUCCCCCCUCGGCGGUAUUUUUGGCUCGUGAGGCAGAGAGAGAGUGAAUAACCUCAAAUUAUUCCUGAGACUGUGCACUGUGAGCCCAACAGGCUCCGGGACUGGAUUUAUGCUGAGGACAUGGGAGUCACACAUGGGAAGAAAAAAGACCUCCAACGGUUUCCAGCGAGAAAUGAGGCACACGUUGACCAGCCGGACCUUGUGACACACCAAUCACGCCACAGUGAGCAGGAGGACCGACUCCCAGGCCUUAAUGCUCUCUCAUCCGAGCUGCAGUGUGAAGAGGAGGAGAGCAGUGAUCUGAUCCGACCCCACAGACCCGUCAAUCCCGCAGCCGCCUCCAGGAGCCACCAGGAGCUCCACAAAGAACUGCAGCUGACCCACAAGAGGAGGCUGUCACAGGAAGGAAAGACUGAACUCCAGAGAGCCCUGGAAAAGAGGAAAUGGGAACAAAGGAUGAAAGCGAGCAGAGAUCAGGAAGAGGCGAAGAAGAGCACUUCACCACUUCAUCAGGAGCUCCUGAAACGACAUCAGAGGCUGGAAAAUUUGGAGAGAGAAGAGAAAAAGAAGCAAGAAGAGCCAGAGUUCCUGCAAGUCAAAGAGAGACUGAGGAGAACCACGUCUCAGGAAACGGGAGAGAACAAAGUGUGACAGAUGUGUGGCUUCAAUGCGAGCUUGAUGUUGGCUGCCAGCACAAGAUAAGUGGCAAAGUGAAGAGGUGUUAGAGCUUAAGUGUCUACCAUAAUAGUUAGAUAAAAACGACACGUUCGGAUGGCUCUGGAUAGUUGACAAGAAGCACAAAAAAAUAUUUGUGUUGUUUAUGGAGCUUUCAAUGGGGUAGACUUCUGAAGUAAUAAUGACGUUCAUCAUUUGAAUGCUCAAAUCAAGACACGUGUUGGUUCAUCAUGUCUGGAAAUGGAAGUAUUGACAGCUAGGAACAGGCUGUGCUAUGUAUACCUCUGUACCUUGUGUAAUCUGUUUCACUCUUCUUGUCUGCGGUGUGGAUUGGGGCAAUGGAAUUGUCAGACACUGAUGGUCCCUGAUCUGUCUAUUUAUUAAGGGUUCUUGAAAUGAAAGAAGAUUCACAAUUCUGUGUCGAUACGCAUUCAAACAACGGGCAAAGCUUAACAUUCAUACAGAUCUUGUAAUUAUAGAUACUAAUCACUACUUCAAAAAAGUACCAGAGAUACUGAGUUAAAAUAUUUUAAAAGUAAUUAAUUACUAGGCAAAGCAACUACUCGUAUUUCAUUACUUUAAUAAAAAGUGCUUAAAAAAUAUCAGAAUUUGGAUCCCCUCUCAAUGGAACUGCAAGAUGCUGUGAUGUUAAAGAUUCAUGUACAAACUGAAUAUUUGAUUAAUGAAAUAAAUGGACACUUGACAGAAUAAACUACAAACAGGAAGUGCUAUAUUAGUGUAAGUUAUUCAAAUAAUGCUGUGUGCUAAUAUGAGACAAGAUACUGAUCAAAUUUCAUUUGCAAAUGCAGACAGCAUUUCUACAUUUGUAAAAGAAUAAUAAAACACUAUAGAUGUCAAUAGAUGUCCAUACUUCCAUUAAAAGCUGCCUUUGAAUGAUCAGGGGUCUCUAUGACUGUAUAUGUGUGUUUGAUGUGAUGCAAUUUGGACCAAUACAUUUUCUUCUUUCUGUAUGAUGACGUCAUUCAGAACGUCCCGGACUGACAAGUUCGCAACAAUGUAUCAGGUUUUUAAAAUGGCGUCAUCGUCUAAUUUGACCAAGAUAUGCAAAUGAGCAGAUAUGCAAAUUAGACGAGAAUCUAAGCGUCUGUAGAAAGGAAAAGACCAUUUUUACAAGAAAGAAACCUUCCUUUCAAAGGUUAAUAAUUAAUGAAAUAAAUUGACACUUGACAGAAAAAAUUACAAAGAGGAAACACCACAUCAAAUGUUGCUGUGUAUGAGACAAGACACAAGUCAAAUUUGAUUUGUAAUUGUAGGUAGCAUUUCUCCAUUCACUGACAUUAAUCUGUAGCCAUAGAUCUCUGUAUGGCUGUAUACAUAACUUGACGCAGUUUGCACCUUCUUUCUGUACACAAACUCCAUUCUCUGCUGGCUCAGCUGGACGCCGGAGGAGGAAAAACCAAACUGAAAGCAGUGAAUUAACGGAACUGUUCCUCAUAUUAUUGUCAGUAACUAACAGCGUUGUAAUGCUGGGAAAAGCAAUAAGUUAGACGAGUUAUUACUAAAAAUAGCAAUGCUGUUAGCAACGGAGCAACAGAGGGAGCAACCACUGCUCCACUGCUCCACAUAUCAUGGACUGCAGACAGAAAGUAGCUUUCAGCUCUCAGUAUUUCUUUUUUUUCAGUCUGUUUAAAUGUAUAAACAUACAUUUUCAUGAAAAUCAAGCCAUGCUCAACA